AUGAAAGUCAUUCUCAAAACAAUUACUGGAAAACAGCACGAGGUGGAUGUGGAGGCGACCUCGACCAUCCUCGAUGUGAAGAGGCUGCUGGAGGACGAGUACGAGCCAGCGUCGUUGCGGCUGUGCUUCAAUGGCGCUGUGCUGGAGGACAGCAUGAUGCUGGCGGAUGCUGGAGUCAAAGACAAUGAUUCGCUUGUGCUCGCCGGGCGCAAGCGAAAGAUCCCGAAGCCGCCAGCACCGCAAACGGCGGAGACACCAACGACGGAGGCGGCACCUGAGAGUAGCGCACCUGCAUCUUCUACGCCACCGCCGGCGAUGUCCGCGCCUGCUUUGACCACAACGUCCCCCGCCACCUCCGCUGCCCCCGUUGACCCACCAGCUCCCGCUGUUCCUACUGCCGCUGCAGCUCCUGUCACUUCUACGACCCCAGCAGGCCCUGCUGUUCCUGCUGCGCCUGCUGCCUCCACAACGAACACGUAUGGCGUGGCCCCCAACCUGAUCGACGAGGUGGCGUCGAUGGGCUUCGAGGACCGAAGUCAAAUUGCUUUGGCGUUGCGCGCCGCUUUCAUGAACGUCGAGCGCGCCGUGGAGUACCUCUUCGAAGGCAUCCCUUCUCACCUUGUGGAGGAGCUCGCGCCCUUCAGUGCUCCUGCCGCACCCGCGGCGGCCCCGGGAGCAUCGAAUCCGUCCGCGUCUUCUGCAACCGCGGUCGCACCGGCGUCGGCCUCUCCGGCACCCGCAGCCACGCCAUCCAGCGCCGAGUCGGAGAUGCGCGCCGCCCUCUCGCGCAUCCCGCAGUUCGACGAAAUCCGUAUCCUGUACAACCAAAACACGGACACGCUGCCAGUGGUGAUGCAGCAGAUCGCGCUGCGUCACCCGGCUGUAUACGAGCAGAUUGAGCGCGAUCCGGAGGUGUUCCUGUCUAUCAUGAGUGAGUCAGGGCAGCCGGGGACUGCGAGCGCUCCGGCCGGGUCCGCUGCGCCGUCGACGGCACAGGCUGUCGCGGGUGACGCGGAAGAAAGCAGCUUCAUGAAUCAGCUGCAGAGCGGGCUUGAGUUGACUGCUGAGGAUCGCACGGCGGUGCAGCAGCUCGUCGAGUUAGGUGGUGGUAUGUGGGACGAACAGAGCGCUGCGCUAGUCUACCUUGCUACCCAGCGCAAUCAAGAGGUGGCGGCGAGUGUCUUGUUCGAGCACGGCGGUGUUCCAGCAGAGUUGCUGGCGGAGAUUGCCACCCAAAUGGUCGACGAGGAGGCGGAGGACUACGAGGAUGAGCAGUGA